AUGUCCACAGAUGAGAAGAUAAAAAAGCCAUUCAUAAAACCAGACCUGACACCUCAGCCCCACUUCAUACCCGGAUACACAGGAUUCUGUCCGGAAUUACCCCUAGUGGUCGGUUCCAGCUACGGACGAGUCACGUCUGAAAUACUGCAGAGACAUCCACGCAUAGCCGGUCGUCUGAAGCCAACAGAACCACAAAUAGCACAGCCCAUCAAAGUUGAAGAACAAAGAUUCCGAGAUCAGAAACUGAACAAAGUCAUCAUAAACAGUCGUGUUCCUGCAGUGGGUAGAAGAGUUCUCAAUGAUUACAUGAUGCCAGGUUACUGUGGUCAUGUUCCAAACAGUACUGAUAUCGUUGGGGAGAAUUUUACGAGAGGAUGUGUGUCCGCUAUUGCUAAAUUCGCUGAAGAUCAGUUAAAGAUGCGAAAUAAGAACUAA